AUGGCAUCACCAAUUAUUAUGAUUAUUAACAUGUUGUUUGAUCCUGAAGUAUCUAAAAAGAUGCUUUUGCAAAUGGCAUGGUCUCAAGUUAAAGCAAUUGGUAUUGGUAAAGUCAUAGCUGCUUUAUUAAGUGCUCUUACAGUUGGAGUAUCAUCAUUUAUUAGAAUUCCACAAAUUAGAAAAUUAUUGAUUAAAUCAGAACAAGAAAGAAUUUCUGUUGCUAAUGGAUUAUCUUUACCAAGUUUAACUUUAGAUACUUUGAAUUCUUUAAUUCAUUCUACUUUUAAUUAUCAACAAAAAAUUCCAUUUAUUCAAUAUGGUGAAAGUUUCUUACUAGGUAUACAAAAUGCCAUUAUUAUUUUAUUAGUUAAAUUUUAUCGUGCUAAAGAUUCUGGUGAAAUCGGUAAAUUGAAUGAUUUAACUUGUAGUGAGAAAUUUACAACAAUUAUUGGAACUUUAGUUAAACCAUUAGCAAUUAUGAUUGGUUCAGUUAUUUUCUUUAAUAAAAUAGCACCAUCUAAUUUAAUUUCAAUUUUGGAAAUUUUGAAUAUUCCAAUUAAUAUAAUUGCUAAAUUCCCUCAGAUUAAAAACAAUUAUGAAUUGAAAACCGCUAGACAUUUAAGUGAUGUUGUUUUGAAAGCUAAUGUUGUUGGUUCUUUAAUUAGAGUUUACACUUCAUUCACUGAUUAUUCUACAAAGAAAAAGAGAGGUAGAAACACUGUUGACGAAGUUAUCUUGGUUGCUGGUUAUUCAACCUCGUUGGUAUUGAACUCUAUUUUGUUAGGACAGUCUAUUGUAUAUGAUAAAUUGGGUAAAAACAAAGAACUUGAAGAAAAGAAAGAUCAAUAG